UUUUUUCUUAUCUUCUUAUAUAAAUACAUUUCAUUUUUUCUUUUUCUAAAUCGGUUACUUAUUCAUAAAAUCCUGUUUUAACUAAGCAUUUUCAAAAAAAUGGAAGUACGUUCCAAAAGUGUGUCCCAUGUAACUCAAAAAUUCGAAUUUGCGCCUUCAGUUAGAAAAAUAUCAUUCAAUUUUGAUACCUACAAUUUUGAUACCGUCAAGUUAUCUGAUGUUGAUACUUCUCAAAAUACUUUUCAGGAUAUAUCUGCAGAUGUUUCCUAUAAAUUGGAAAUUUUUCAAUUUCCCAUCGGUGGCAUUCCAUCAGGUAAGAAACGAAAGUUGAAAGGAGGGUUUAAAAUUAGGUUAAUGACAAAUAUGCAUAAUACUCCAGAAAUAACCUAUAUUUUAAACCUUCAAAUCCUAUCACUAGAUGGUGAAGCAAUUAUCCAUCCGGCUCUGGAUCUUGAUUAUAUAAAUGGCAAAACAAUUGCUAAAGGCUUCUAUGAAUCCACUGAUAAGACUAAGUUUUCCAGUUACUUGUUUGAUUUUUCAAAUAUAGGUUUAAAACAUGUUGGAAUAUAUGUUUUUAGGCUCAGUUUAUAUAAAGAUAUUCAACUCGAUAAAGUUAACGAAGCAUUCAAGCUAAUAUAUCUAGGUGAGUUUAUUGAUUCUCCAGAACUAUUAAUUGGCAGCUCCAAAAGAAUACCUCGAACUCAAGAUGUUCCUGAAUUAGUUUAUUCUCCCAUUGAUGUCUCCACCAUCGAUAGUAAUAGUUCUUCACCUACUCCCAUGCCUUGUGGUGACUUGGUUACAAUAACUGAAUAAUUUAACUAUAUACAAUUGUAUCCUCAUAUUUAUAGUAUUAUUUAUAUCAUUAUUUAUAUCAUUUAGCGUAGAAUAACAUUUGACUUUUAUUUAAGUUUUUUCUCCGUUUGAUCAUUUCGUUUCUUGAAAAGUCAUUUCCAUCGAUAGCAAUAAAUAGAUAACCCAGC